UUGCAUAACGCCAGCGGCUCGGGGGACACGUGGCGCUGCAUGACAGCGAGCGAACAGACGGCGGCGUCCAGCAGCUGGAGCAGCAGCAUGGGAAGGUAACCGGAGAGGCCUUAGUCAUAGGGAAGAGCGAAAGUUACAGCACUUUCUACUAUGGCAGACAGUUACCGUGAACAGCUGAUUAAGGAUUCUGAAUUCCUCAGAAAUGACAAGCGAAUGGGCACAGAGCUGGUGGAUAAGCUGGUGUUACAGCUCAAUAGGAUCUACCCACAGAUACUGAAUGACAAGGAGGCGCAGAAGUUCCGCAACUUGGGUGUGCCCACGGCCAUCAGAUUGGUGGAGCUGCUUUCCCACCUGCAAGGCAAAGGGGAGGAGGCCUGCUACGAGUUCUACCGGGCUCUGCACAUCCACGCCGAGGACGUGUACUUCAGUCUGCCCACGCGCAUCCACCGCAGGGAAACUACAGAUCCAAAAUGGACUAACACUGCUGACGACCUAAGGGAGAAAUUUGUUCUAAAUGACAGGGGUCCUUGGUUCUUCCUCAGUUGUUUCACAGUUGUGGUUGGAGUGGCAUUCCUCUAUUACCAUAGUGAGGGCAAAGGCCUGGGUGACGACACCAGGAAGGUGCUGGGCUUCACAACGCUGGGGUUUGGGACGCAAGCCAAAGAGGUGCUGAUAUCAUACAUAGACGACUGCAGCCGAAAGUAGUAGCCCAAGCGUGUGCUCCAGCCUCCACUGCCAACAUCGGGGGGGGGGAGGAUUGCCUCAGGAUGAGACAGUCAGGUUCUCCUUAAAAAUGCAUGCAAAUUUUAUAUGUAGAAAGUAGUUUUGGAAUUUCUAAAUAUUUAAGAAUAUAUAUUUUAAGUGGACACUUGAUUAUGCCAAGCAUGGAGUUUCUGUACUCUUCAUAAGAGUGUUACACUUGCUUGUUAAAUUUUAAUAUCUUCUUUCCUUUAGUGUUCUUUGCUGUUAUUUUACUGUUGACCCAGUUUAAAUCUGGUUGUAACAAAUAUUUCUGUAGCCCCAACAUAUCUGUUCAGGACUGCUGAGAUUACCUUCAUUUUUACCUUGGGAAGACGUAAAGCAUGAUUUUAAGGACACUGCACCCUUAAGACAUCUCCUGUGGUUUUGAACACUAAUGCAUUCCCUGUCACCUUUAACGCCUGACCACAAUGACUGCGGAACAAUGCCUACUCACCACCCGCCAUCUGUUACACAUGCCACCUAUUAAUAGCUGCAGCCUCAUUUCCAGAAAGCUGCAUGUUUGCUUUGGGAAACAUUCAGAUAUUUUAACAUUUGUCCUGUUGUCGCCUUGCACCCAAACACUAAGAGUUGUUUAAAAUGAAAUACGUUGUUACAAGUGUAGGGCUGUAUUCUAAUUUCUGUAUGUUAUAUGUGGUAUUAAUAAAUCACUCACUUCUAACAAACUGA